AUGAUUACUCAGGAUAAGUCGGAAGACUACAAAAACAGGAAACAGCCGAAUGAUAGGCGAAAAAGGCGGUCGAAAAAGAAGAAGAAAACAAACUCCGCCGAAACCCCUGUGGAUGGACAAAGUCCACAGAAGAACGUGGUGAACUCAAAAGAGACGUCUCAGGAGGAUGGAAGGUCCAAGGAUCCAGCUGAAGAAUUCAAGACUUUGGAUCCAAAAACACCCAAUGCUGAGGGUCUGGGAGUGAAGAAAUUUCCCCUGCUACAAACUGAAGGAUUGGUUCAGCCGCCGCCAAAAAGCCACGAGCAGCCUGCCAUGAGCCCGAGGAAACAGACGUUGUUGAGACAUAAGAAGAGUAGUGACCAGGUGUCUGAGCCUUCUUUCAUUAGUGAAGCCAAGGAGUUUCGGAAAAACAGAAAACAACCUCCUACUCACCCCACAAGCUCUAGCGAACCCAACCUCGAGGACGAUGACCAUAAGUACCUGAUGCUUCUCUCGCAACAGAACCUACAAGGGAAAGCUAGUCUUUUUAGGUACCAAGCGGCCCGCAUUCUUGUUUAUCACGAACAAAUCCAGGAUCCGGUGCUGCAGUCGCUGUCAGGAACUUUACUCGGCCACGGCGAGCUCGAGAUCUUUCAAUUGCAUAACGGAGACGUGACUUACUUGGCGUGUGGCCGUUCGUUUGUCUACCCGCUUCUUCCCAAACUAAAAAUUCUACGCAUAAGUCUAAACCAGUUCAUCUUGCCUUUAUCCAAUCCUGAGCGCUACUGGAAAAUAAAUAUCGACACAGAAGAUGUUGAUGUGAUUAAAGAGCUUGAGCGCAUAUUGCAGAAAGUCGUCAAGUAUACCAAUCUAUCGUUUGCGGCGGCCAAGACGAACGAGCUUCCAUCUUACAUAGACCUGGGCAUACCUGAGGAUGUUCAACAGCCGGAAAAACCUGCCGCUGUUGCUCCAGAUACUCCUCAGACCCCUGAAAAAAGUCGACAACCAAAUAACGUGGUACAGGCUCCUCUUCUUGAUGGUUCUGCCUUGCAUGCUGGGCAUGCUGAGAGGACCCCAAAAGCAAGUCAUUUCACGCCCUACUUUAACGAUAUCCCUGAGUCACCACCUUCUGCUCCUGUUUCACCCCAACAGCUCUACGAGCCUGAUCCAGCGUUCCAGCUUCCACCGGUGAAUGAACCCCAAUGGCCAUUGCAUCGUCAAAAAUCAAGUCAGUCAAUCACUUCUGCUCUUGCAAGCUUUAACCUCAACGAGCAGGCUAUUGCCCCAAAGACUAAGCCUACCUCCAAGCUAUUUCAACCCAAGCCUGUGAGCCUGCCUCAUCGUCAUGCCAACCCCCACGCUAACCCCCAUGCCACUAUACACGCUUCUAAGGAGAUUCCUUACAAGCAGCAUUCUAACCCAUACCACAAUCGCACUCGACAAGCGAAGGCAGCAGACGCCAAGUCUGAUUCUUCCUCUAUGGACUCGCUUCUUGAUGAAUAUGAGGAGAAUAUUUCUACGACCAAGUCUAUCAACUUCAACAUUCCAAGGUCACAAUCCCGGACAAUGUCUUUAGCGUCAAGUGCAUACCCGGCUGCCAUAAACUAUCAGCGUGGAAAAAUUCCACUCGUCCCUGAUAUUCGCAGCAAUAUGGGAUCUGUGACACACGAAGCUGCAGAUGAGGAGGAGGAAUUGGAUGAUUUCCCCAAGACGUCACUUUCACAGUACAACAAGGCAAGGCAAAAUACGCAGAGCCAAAAGUCACGCAGAUCGUCGCCUAGUGAACUCUACAAUUCUGUGAGCAAUUGGAUGGAGCCGAAUGUGCGUCAACAACCACAAUUGUCCCAUUCUCGCUCCAACUACUCUCUUGCAAGUGCUAAGAACAGUAUCGCGUCCAACCGCACUCAAGAGAACACCCUUAGGGAUAUUUAUCGCUCGAUUACCGAGAACAACUUACACGCUAAUUUGCAGCAGCCGAACGGAAGACGCCAAAGCAUCGGCUCUGGUCGUGGUUACGUCCCACGGCCCAAGACGAACGCUUUGAGCUCACAGACACAACAGCAUAAGCAUUAUCCAUCAGAUAAUCUGAUGAGACGUGGUGAUACAUAUAGUCAGAAGGCCAACAGUGCCAGAAACGGAAGCCGUAACGGAAAAGAACCGCUUUCGUCUUCAGAUGUGUAUCGCCUCGUUAGUGCACGUUCAGGACGCAGUGAAAGCGUGAAUGGCGAACAAAGCAAACGAGGAGGCAUCUCCCGGUUGUUCGGAUGGUGA